GGAAGCACAAUGCCUUCUUCUUUUCCUUCUAGACGAUGAGCGAGAGCGCGACGACACCCGUCUUCCUCCUCAAGACCAAAUCCACGCCCAACGAUGGCUACGAGGACUACUUUGCAACCGCGCAACAGGGCCGCUUCAACCCGGUGUUUGUGCCUGUGCUAGAACACCGCUUCAAGGACAACUCGCUGCAACAAUUGCGCACUUGGAUACAAGGCGGGGCUUUCGACAUCAGGCCACACGGCAACCACGCGGACGCCAAGUAUGGUGCGAUCAUAUUCACAUCGCAACGGGCUGUCGAGGCCUUUACGCACGUCGUGGAAGCUGUCCGAAAAGAAUCUCUCUCACUCGAGAACCUUCUACCGCCGGAACUGCCGCUCUACGUUGUGGGUCCAGCCACGGCCCGCGGACUCCGGGCGCUGAACCUUCCGUGUCCCAUUUUGGGAGAAGAGUCGGGCAAUGGCGAGGUGCUGGCCCACUUCAUACUGCAGCACUACAACGACUCGGCCAGGGCGGGCCCGAAGAGGCUGCCUAUCCUGUUCUUGGUCGGCGAGCAAAGGCGCGAUAUAAUCCCCAAGACAUUGCAGUCUCUGGACUUGCCGGAAGAACAAAGGGCGGUGGUAGAUGAGGUCGUGGUCUACGAAACUGCAGAAAUGCAGUCGUUCCGGUCGGAUUUUGACACGGCCGGCGUGAAGCAGCAAUGGGUUGUCGUCUUCUCCCCCACAGGAUGCAAAGCCAUGUUGGAAAGCUUGGGCAUGAUGGAUGAAAGCACAGGAAAAGCCAAGGAGGUGGCGGCAGAGGACAGAAAACGGACGCGAAUCGCUACAAUUGGGCCAACUACGCGGGACCAUCUGAUCAAAAGGUUUGGGUUUGAGCCAGAUGUUUGCGCGGCAAAGCCGAGCCCUGACGGCGUUGGAGAGGGCAUAGAGGGUUUCAUGCAGGGCGAGGCUGCAGAGAAGCAGUCUGCGCGUCUUGCCUCGCAGCAGGGGUCCAGUCCGACUAAGCCUCAAGACGAGACUCAGGGCACUAAGCGCAAGGCUGAUUCCACUCCCAAGGCUGAUCGCGGCAAGAAGGCCCAGGAAAAGAAGCAGAAGACCAUUGACGAGACCAUGGACGUCAAGGAAGCCAACGAAGAGCAGCCCAAGGACAUUGAAAUGAAAGAAGCCGCAGAUGGCGACCACGGUGCAGACCAAAACGCGCAACAGUUUGAGCCUAGCAAGGAAGAGGAAGAGGCUUUGAAGGCCGUUGAGGAAAACGGAGAAGCUCCUGCGACAACAGACAAUGGCGCUAAGAACGACGAGACAGAAGAAAAGUCCAAGUCGAACAAGGAAGAGCCCAAGCAGGAAGAAAAGCCAGCUGAGAGCACUAAUGGUGGUGCGGUCGAACAGUCUUCUCAGCGUGAGAAGGAGAUGCCGAGCAGCAUCAUCGAGAAGGGCAUCAUCUAUUUCUUCAUCCGCAACCGAGUUGGCAUCGACGAGCCCGAAGGUGCCGAUGAUCUACAGCGGUCCUUCUUCGUCCUGCGCCCUAUCCCUACCGGAGGGAAACUCGGAGAUGGGGCCGUUGAUGACGCAAACACCAACAGGCUGUUUGCACUUCCUAAGAAGGUACUCCCGAAGAGCCACAAGGACAGAUUCAUGGCCUUUGUGGAGAAGGCGCCUACGACCGUCAAAGACCUCAAGGAGAACUUCUUCGGUGGUGCAGAAUACCAAACCAAGACACAGGGCACACGUGAACAAUCUCCCGUAACCCCCAUCGGUGAGGGUGUCUACGCCAUUGUCCACUCUGGUCGGAAUUCGCACCUGGCCUACAUGCUCACUAUCCCGCAAGAGCUAGGCGAGGUCCAGAAUGAUAUGGGACUUUGCAACAAGGGCAGCUUUGUCAUCAGCGUUAAGAACCCCGAACGGAAGGGCCCUGUCAAUGCUCAGUUGCCGAGCGGCCCUGACUUCCCCAAGGAAAUCAUCGAGGAGUUCCGUGGCCUUGCUUGGGUCCCAGCCCAGUCAAAGUACCUCGAUUAUCCUAACGUCCAAAUCCUUCUGAUCGGCGAAGGUACUGAUGAGGACUUUGCCAAGGCCCUCGAGCCUUCUAAGAAAGACGAAAAGCAUGACAAGAAGACUCCUCAGGAAGAGCUUGAGAAGCUUGAGCACGAGGAUGAGCUUCGCGUCGAGCACCUCCAUGGCGACAACACCGUGUUUGACGACCUCAAGUUGAGCUCGGAUGAAUAUCCCAAGGUCCCUACCACCUGGUAAGGGUCUUUUGACGAUGGAAUGAAUAACAUGAACAAAAUACAGGAGGACUAUAUUGCUAUCCAGGGAUCUGGAUACGGCGUUGCUUGGAUGUGCUUAUUUAAAAGUUUCGCCGUCUUAAAUGCUCGAGGGAAGUCUGCGGAAAAUGAUUCUUGACGAGCCUAUGCGUUUAGUACAUGGAUUUCCCUGCUCGGUUAUCGCUUCGUGUACUUAAAUAACUACGAAUACGAAAUGAAG